GGCAGGCCAAAAAGGAUGUCCCUAACCUCAGGUCGACAAUUACUGCGCUAACUACAGAUAGCCAGCGUUAAUCUCCGUAUACGUACGGCAUGAACUCUAUGUCGAAUGAUACCAGGAGGCGUGGCAUCAACGAGGUCACACGGCACAUAUAGACACUUGCGAGCCCCAACCUGCCACCUAUGUAACUCGGCUCCCACCGCCUCCCACAGCAGCAGGGAUUACAUGACUGACAAGCAGGCUUACAGCCGUCUGGCAUCGCCGGAGAGGACGCAAGCAGAGCCACAGAACCCACUCACGCUCCGCUUCACUGAGGCAGAGUGGAAAGCAUUGAGGAAACUGAGGCCUUUACUUCCCGAGAUUCGCCGCAUCGCCUACGAUGGCUCGGAUACACCCAAGACGUUUUCCAUCUGGGGAGUCACGAUCGACCCUAUGGACCCUGCAGCCGACGCCAGGGCGAGCGUGGUACUCGUGAAGUUUCUGCGCGCACGGAAGCUUGAUGUUGGCGCGACGAAGACGCUCUUGAUUGAUCUUCUCCGCUGGAGGCAGGAAGUCAACAUUGACGAGCUUGUUAAGAGAACCUUUCCUCCGUUUAAGAUGUGCAUCGUCGCGUUUGGCAAGGACAAGGCGGGGCGUCCUGUGAUAUAUUCUCAGGUCGACUCAGGGUCGGGGAGAUACUUGAGGAAGGAGCUCGAGGAGGACUCAAAGACCGUCAUUCUGCGGGCAGCACGCAACUGGGAAAAUUCCGUCCGGAAGCUGGACUACGAGUCCGUGGACAGAAUGACACGAGUGAUAGACGUAGGGCCAGUAUUGCCUGAAAACGGGAGCAAGAGCCAGCCUCAAACUAACGCAGCGUAUAAACGUGUUGUCAAGGACUACUAUCCUGACUUCUUGGGCUCCGUUGUCGCGAUCAACGCCCCGUCCGGGCUGGUCACGUCUACACGCAUCUCAUCGUUCUUCGGAACGCCCAAAGAUGGUGCGAUACAGUGGGUGGGCAAGGGCCAGGGGACGAUAGCUAAGAAGCUGCUCAAGAUCAUCGAUGCAGACCAGCUCCCGAAGCAAUAUGGGGGAGAGGCUGACGGGUUCUCUUGGCCAGAGCUUGGGUCGCCGAGCACGCAGGUCGAUGCGGCCGCCGAGAAGAGAGUAUAGCCUGUUUCCGAGUCAAGUGAGAAUGUGUUUAUAGCCAUCUCUCGAGUCUCGCGAUAUGGUCUGCGAUAUAAGAAGUUAACUAUCAUAAUUGGAAUCAAGCAAAUGUACUCUAUGCUUUGUUAUCUCAAUGUUUCUAGUCUACCAGAUUAUCCAGGAGAUUUUUGCUGGCCAGCG